AUGCUCGGCAGCCCAGCUCCUCCUCCCGCCCUCUGCCGCUGGCACGCCGCCCUCUACCGCGAGUUGCCAUUGGUGCAGGGCCGGAAAAUGCCCGUUCUGAUUGGCUCCCGGGCACCUCUGGGCACCGCGCGUGAGGGGGAGCCACACACUUGUCGAGUUGAGAUCACCGACUCAUCGGCCGCCGCACUUGUGGCUUUCCUCGCGCUCGGAGAAGAGGCAGUUCCCGUGGCGUCCGCUCUCGCACCCCCGUCGUCGUCCCGCUCCCUCUCGACCAUGAAGGCCCAGGCUGGCGAAUCCGCAAUGAGCUCCCUCCCCCCCAUCAGGAGCGGCAAGGUCUCCAAGGCCCGCGAGGACGACCCCGAGGUCACCUUCUACCUGGACAAGCUGCGGCACCUCCUGCCGGCGGCCAACACCAGGAAGCCCUUGGAGAAGAAGCUCAACCGACUCGAGGUGAUCUGGAACGUGAUCCAGUACAUCAGCGAGCUCCAGGAGGUGCUCCAGAUGGACGUCCACGACCGCGAGAUGGACCUGCUGGAGUACGAGACCAAGAGCAUCACCCUGGCGGCGUGAGUCCUCCGGAAGGGAGCCCAGAAGAAGGAGGAGGAGAAGGAGGAGAAGGAGGAGGAGGAGGAGGAGGAGGAGGAGCAGGAGGAGCGAGUCACCAGCGCCAGCACGGUCGCUCCGGUGCGUAACCUUCCGCGCACCUGUCGCCCGACCUCGGCGCCGCGACAGGAAGAGAGAGGGCCUCCGCGACCGCCCUUCGGCACGACCUUUCCAGGAAGACAAGUGUCUUGCGUGUGUCGUGUUGCGGGGGGAGGAUGUCGUGGGGAUAUGAUCUCCUUAUUAUCUCUCUCUCUCUCUCUUUCUCUUUGCCACUCCUGCAAAACAAUAGAUAGCAUGGACGCAUUACGAGUUAAUCACCGGUCGCGGCUGUGGUAGUGUGGUGAACUCCGGCAAAGUUCCUAUUUAUGUGAAAAGAAAACACACAAAAAAAAAGAAACAACAUGAAACGAUUUGGUGUUUCGUCCAGUGAAAGUGUGGUCAGACGCAGAGGAGAAAAGGUGGGAGUGAGUUUCCGCUGUUGGACGUGACGGAAGAGAGUCAGUUUCGCAGUUAUUCGUGGAUUAAUACCUUCGAGGACAAGGGAAGCCGUCUUGGUCACCGCAGAGACAGACGUUCCAGUUCAGCGUCGCCGCAGCAUAACUACAGAUGCAGAAGGAUCUCGAGACUAAGUAACCUGAGCUGCCCGUGGGGACAUCCUACAAUCCCCCCUCCCCCCCUCCCCCCCGCACACACUCCUAUGUCCCCUCAUCUCCUACUCGUCCUCCUCCUUCGAUCCCUCUCCUCCUCUUCCCUCCUCCUCCUCCUCUUCCCUCCUCCUCCUCCUCCUCCUCUUCCCUCCUCCUCCCCCUCCCUCUCUCUCUCGCGCUCCCCGACCCCCGCCUCCUCCCCCGCCUCCUCCCCCCCCCCCCACGCCCGCGGCACAGGUCACCCUCCUGCGCUGGCGACAGGUGCAGCGGCGGUGGGCGGGUGGGCGGGCGGGGGGGGGGGGGUGAGAGAGGAGGCGAGGCAAGGCCAGUUACACCCGCUUCGUAAGGAGGUCUUCCUGGUGUGGACGGCGUAGGAGGAAGAGGAGGAGGAGAAGAAGAAGAAGAAGGCUAAAGAAGAGGAGAAGGCGAAGAGGAUGGAAGAAAUGGAGAAGAUGGAGAACGAAGUGGAUAAGAAGAUGAAGGAAGUGGAGGAAGAGGCGGAGAAGAGGAGAGGGAAGGAGGAAGAAGAGGGACAAACGGAGAAGAGGGAAAGGGAAGGGGGGGAGGGGUCAGUGAAGAAAAAGAGGCAUGGAGCAGAAUAUGGAAGGAGGGGAAGAGAGAAAUGUGCGGAAGGAGGAGGAGGAGCUAGAGAGUGAGAUUGAAGAAGAAGAAGAAGAAGAAGAAGAAGAAGAAGAAGGAAGAAGGAAGGAGGAGGAGGAUGAUAAAUCAGCUAUGGUCUCGAGAACAAACUGGAAGGUCUUAAGGUGACCAAAGACAAACAAAAAAAUAAAGUUAUUAUUAUCAUUCUUCUUAUGAUUUUAUUCUUAUACUGGUAUUGCUAUAAUAACAAUAAUAUAAGAAUAAACAUAAAAAUAACAAUAAUAAUAAUAAUGAUAAUAACAAUAAUAAUAAUAAUAAUAAUAAUAACUAUUAUUAUUAUCAUUAUUCUAGUUUCUUUGUGAUCAAUAGAUAGUGCUUCCUUGAAAGAAAAAAGUCGAGAGGAAAGUGAUAUAGACAUUUACAAAGAUCUGUUAUCAAUUCUCGAAGAUAAAUGUGCACAGAGAAAGACAUACGAUAAAGAGAAGAGAAGGCGAAUGAGAGAAAACACACAGAUAAGAGUGAGAGAAAGAAAGAAAAGGCCAUUUGGUUAAAAAAAAUAUAAAAAAUAGCCCAACGAAACGGGAGGAAAAAAAUAUAAAAAAACUGGAUCGAAACAAGAAGAAAACGUAAAAAAAAAAUACGAGAGAAUAAAGAAAACGGAACAUCACGAAAAAGAAAACGAAAUUACGGUGCUAAAGAUUCGAAAACGGAAGGUGCUACUUACGCCCAUUAGGUUAAUAUCUUCUUUUUUUUUUCCUUUUUUUUUAUUUUGUUUGCAUAUACUUGUCCCUUUUCUUAUGUCUAGUUUUUGUUUCCUUUUUUUUGUUUGCAUAUACUUGUCCCUUUUCUUAUGUCUAUUUUUUUUUUUUACUACUAACGCUGCUAUCUUUACGCCUGUUGGGUAUUAUUCCCUUAAUUAUAAUAAUUUCAUUCAUGUUAUUUCAUUAAUUAAAAUACAAAAACAACAAAAAAACAAAUAAAAAUUCCAUUUACACCCAAGCUUUCGGUAUCGCUUACAAGGAAACGACACAGAGCUGAGAGAGGUGUGUGUCUGUCUCCUCUCCACGUACAGUGUAUCGCGUGUGACUUGUAUUCGGAAAGGAUGUGUUGGAACUUGUAAAUAGUGACCAGAUAACCACAGUGCACAUGGAUCAUGACAAAACGUGACCAACAAGAUGAGGGAGAAAGGAGGGAGGGAGAGAGAGAGGGGGAGAGAAGGAAGGAAAGAGGGAGAGAGAGAGGGGGAGGGAAAGAGGGAGAGAGGGAAAGAAGAAAGGACAGAGAGAGAGAGAAAGAGGGAGGGAAAGAGGGAGGGAGGGAGAGAAAGAAAGAGGAAAGGAGGGAGAGAAAGAGGAGGGAGGGAGAAAGAGGAAGAAGGAGGGAGAGAGAGAGAGAGAGAGAAACAGAACUAGAGCAAGACAGACAAAGAAAGAAAGAAAGAAAAAAAAGAGAGAGAGAAAAAAAGACAUGAAAAUAAGAAAGGGAGAAAGAGGUACCACCCCAAGACUGUGAACUCUCUCUCCCUCCUCACACCCAAACCCUUCUUACCCUCAAACAUCACCCUCAAAGACCCCCCCCCACACUCCCACUCCCACCCACCACUCACCCCUACCCCUACCCCAGUCUCUCUCUCUCUCUCUCUCUCCCGAAGGCAAGUUAGACUCCCUAUGCCUAAUACAACUUAAAAAUGUCCAUCCAUGUAGAGGGUUGUCAUGUCUCUCUCGUCUCUCUCGCUCGUUGGCUCGCGUUCCAUUCACCUUGAGAUGUUCUGAAGUGACAUCUUGAGACAGAAACUCCUUCCCUUUGGCGUAGAGAAAAAAAAAGGAUAGAAAACUUUGAUGUUGCAGUUUGUUAUCAUUAUUAAGAUAAUUAUUUUAAUUACUGAUAUUAUUAGUACUUUUAUUAUUAUUAUUAUUAUUAUUAUCAUUAUUAUUAUUAUUAUUGUUAUCAUCAUCAUUAUUAUUAUUAUUAUUAUUAUUAUUAUUAUUAUUAUUAUUAUUAUUAUUAUUAUUAUUAUUAAUAUUAUUAUUAUUAUUAUUGCUAUCGUUUCCAUUACUAUCAUUAUUGUUAUUGUUAUCAGCAUUAUUAUUAUUAUUAUUAUUAUUAUUAUUAUUAUUAUUAUUACUAUUAUCAUUAUCAUUAUUAUUGUCCCUACUAUUGCUAUUAUUAUGAUCAUCUCUAUACUAAUAUCUAAGACAAAGGGAAGGAGCUUUAAUCCACGCAAUCAGCCCAUUCAUUCCAUUUCAUUCUAAAGUUGGUCACCAGCCUGUUAGCUCGUUAUGUAAACUUCCACAAAAAACAAACUCAUGACGCCAUGAUGUUAUAUAUAUAAAAAAAAAGAAAAAGAAAAAAAAAAAGUUUUACAUAUCCUAGCUUGUGUCAUAUUACCAUUUAUUUCUUAGCCUUUAUAUAUAUAUAUAUUUUCUUUCUCUCUUAAAUAGGCCUAGAGAAUUGGGUCUUGCUUCGGGUCGCCCCAAGGGAUUUCGUGACCAAUUUACUAAUGAGACCUGUGAUAGCAUGAUGAUUUUUUUUUCUGUCCAAGACCACGCAGCUCUGCCGAUCUGAAUGUAUAUUUAUUGUGAUUAAAGACUUGUUUUUUGAGCUA